AUGUCAUCAAGCGAUACAAACCCAUAUAAUCAUCCCAUGGCGGAUAUCCCUCCACCCGCAUAUCAAUCUACCGUAACUUUACCUGCUAUACCAUCAUACGAAUCAAGCACAAAUGUCAAUACCACAUCGACCAGAUCUAAAUCUACCAAACAAUCAGAUCAAAAAUCGGAUUUUCGUCAGUUGGUGGACACGAAAGCAGAUCGUAUAUCUCAUUCUCCUCCUCCAGAAGAGAUUUGGUCAAUCGUUUUACCGUUUCUCCCUCACUCAACAAUCCUGAAACUGUCCUUGACUUCCAAAAACCUUUACAAGCUUCUAACGCCGUCUUUAUGGAAAGAAUACGUAAUUAGAUCAGAUGACCAAUUGUGGUAUAUACUAGAUCUAUUGGAAAAACAAGAUGUUUCGCAGCCUUCAAUCUCAUUAGCAAACCGAUUUAACGAAGUCGUCUCAAGUCUCGGAUUCGGUUCGUUGAAAGGCAAAGGCAAAGGAAAAGCAAAACCAGCUAUCCAAACAAGCUUUCUAUCGGAACCACGUCGAGUGGAUUGUCUAUUAGGAUGUGUCAAAACAGUCAUAUUUGAUACCAUACCUUCACCUGCUUUAUGCGCAUCAAUCCCUGUGUAUCUCUCUGACAUUGGACUCGAUAUCCAAGCUCCUGCUCAAGUUCAAGCUCAAGCUCAGCAUGAGCGAAAUGAAGAUACAGAUUCACAAUCACAGUGGAUAGUGCUAUUCCCUCAAGCUACUAACGUUCAGCUAUCUCUGAAAGCGACUACGUUAGCCUUGAAAUACGGUUGGAAACCAUUUCAAUGGAAUACUCCUUCACUAUCGCCAAAAUUGCAAAAUACAACUCCUCCCAGAGAAAGUCAAUUACCUUUUGCCCAUCUACUGAACCCGAUAAAUCUCUGCAUAGUCGUACCUGAUAUCUUUGAUGGUCAUCCAAGGAAACUAAGAUGUGAUCAAGUUUUUGGUCUAGAUCAGACUUUUUGGAAUACUUUAAAAGAAAUCCACAUACAUGGACUGAUAGAAGCUGGUACACCUUUCUUGAGGAAUCGAAAACAUUUCAUUUAUUUACAAAAGGAACUUUUCCGAUAUUCGUCUCAAGUAAUCAAGCAAAAUCCUAAAGCACGGCACGAUAAUUCAUAUCUCGCGAUAGAUGGAUUCAAAGAACGCCCAAUUUCGACCAGAUCGUUAGCGGAUUCUUUGAUUUCCUCAUUCCAAAAAGGUAUCCUCAAUGAAUCUAAAUCCGUCGGAUAUCCAGAUGAAAGGAAAAUCAAAGAAGGUUGGAAGCACGAUCCGAAUUUUACCAAAUGGGUGGUCAGAUAUCCAUCAAUAGGUGAAGAAGUAAUGGAUCAAGUUGAAAAAGAUAUAAUUAAUAAUGCGAGUAAAGAAGAACUAUUCAAGGGGUCAGUCGUACAUGCACCGAUGGAUGAGGAAAGAGGUCUACAUGGGGAGAAAGAGAAAAAGCUGAAAUUGUCUUUUGUGGAUUUCAUUGAAGGACAAGAAGAUUGCUGUCCUGUCUGUGAUCGCGAGUCCUUAGUAUCUUGUACACUAACAUAG